AUGGCAGACCCCCAGUACAUCCUCCCCAACGAUAUCGGCGUGGCCAGCCUUGACUGCCGGGAGGCCUUUGGGCUGCUGUCACCUACUGAGCGGCUCUAUGCACACCACUUGUCCCGGGCCGCCUGGUACGGGGGGCUGGUUGUGUUGCUUCAGACUUCUCCAGAGGCCCCCCACAUCUAUGCUCUCCUCAGCCGCCUCUUCCGUGCCCAGGACCCUGAGCAGCUCAAAGAGUGUGCCCUCAAAGAGGGUCUCACAGAGGAGGAAUAUCAGGCUUUCCUGGUCUAUGCUGCUGGCAUCUAUGCCAACAUGGGCAACUACAAGUCUUUCGGAGACACCAAGUUUAUUCCCAAUUUGCCAAAGGAGAAGCUGGAACGGUUAGUGUUGGGGAGCCAGGCUGCCCAGGAGCACCCAGAAGAGAUUGGGGAGCUCUGGCAGGUCUGUGGGGACCUCAUGUUUUCUCUGGAGCCCCAGCAGCGCCACCUUGGCCUAGGAAAUGAGGGCACCACCACGUAUUUCUCUGAGAACUGUACCUUGGAAGAUGCCAAGCUGGCCCAGAACUUCUUGGAUUCCCAGAGUCUCAGCGCCUACAACACGAGGCUGUUCAAAGGCACAGACACAGAUGGGAAGCUUUGUUUCGAGGUGCGGCUGGCCUCCAUCCUCCGAGAAGAGGCUGCCCCAGACUCUGACAUGACGCCAAAGCUGAAGAACUAUGAAUUCGAGGGCUGCCGCUUCCAGGUGUCCCGGGGAGACUACUCCCCGCUGCUGCGGAAGGUGGUGGAGCACCUGGAGAAGGCCAAGGCCUUCGCAGCAAAUAGCUUCCAGGAGCAGAUGCUGGGCCAGUAUGUGGAGAGCUUCACGCAGGGCUCCAUCGAUGCCCACAAGAAGGGCUCCCGGUACUGGAUUCAGGACAAGGGCCCCAUCGUGGAGAGCUACAUCGGAUUCAUCGAGAGCUACCGAGACCCCUUUGGCUCCCGAGGAGAGUUUGAAGGGUUCGUAGCUGUGGUCAACAAGUCAAUGAGUGCCAAGUUCGAGCGCCUGGUGGAGAGUGCGGAGCAGCUGCUGAAGGAGCUGCCGUGGCCCCCCGCCUUCGAGAAGGACAAGUUCCUCACCCCUGACUUCACCUCCCUCGAUGUCCUCACCUUUGCUGGCUCUGGGAUCCCUGCUGGCAUCAACAUCCCCAACUAUGAUGACGUGCGGCAAAAGGACGGCUUUAAGAAUGUGUCUCUGGGCAACGUGCUGGCCGUGGCCUACGCCACCCAGCGGGAGAAGCUCACCUUCCUGGAGGAGGAGGACAAGGACCUCUACAUCCGCUGGAAAGGGCCAUCCUUUGAAGUCCAAGUGGGGCUGCACGAGCUGCUGGGUCACGGCAGUGGGAAGCUCUUUGUACAGGAUGACAAGGGAGCAUUCAACUUCGACCAAAAUUCUGUGAUCAACCCAGAGACAGGGGAGCAGAUCAGUAGCUGGUACCGGAGUGGAGAGACCUGGGACAGCAAGUUCAGCACCAUCGCGUCUAGCUACGAGGAGUGCCGGGCUGAGAGCGUGGGGCUCUAUCUCUGCCUCCACCCCCAAGUCCUGGAGAUCUUUGGACUGGGUGGGCCCGAGGCUGAGGACGUGGUGUAUGUGAACUGGCUGAACAUGGUGCGUGCAGGGCUGCUGGGCCUGGAGUUCUACACCCCCGAGACAGCCAGCUGGAGACAGGCACACAUGCAGGCUCGCUUUGUGAUCCUGAGGGUCCUGCUAGAAGCUGGGGAAGGCCUGGUCACAGUCGUCCCCACCACGGGCUCUGAUGGGCGCCCAGAUGCCCGGGUGCGCCUGGACCGACACAAGAUCCGCUCGGUGGGCAAGCCCGCCCUGGAGCAAUUCCUGCGGAGGCUCCAGGUGCUGAAGUCCACAGGAGAUGUGGCCGCCGGGCGGGCGCUAUACCAGGGCUACUCUGCAGUCACCGAUGCUGCUCCUGAGAACUUCCUUGCCCUCAGGGAGACGGUGCUGCUGCGAAAGGAGGCUCGCAAGCUUAUCGUACAGCCCAAUACCUGCCUGGAAGGUUCCCAGGUGCAGCUUCUAGAGUACGAGGCCUCGGCCGCCGGCCUCAUCCGCUCCUUCUCCGAACGCUUCCCUGAGGACGGGCCCAUGCUAGAGGAGGUUCUCAUUGGGCUGGCCAAAGCUGAUGCCCGCUUCUGGAGGGGCCCCAAAGAAACGCCACCUCUCAAGGCCUGAAGAAGAUCCCUGCCUCGAGCCCUUCCCUCUGUUGGGGUUUGGGGAGGGGUGAGCCAGGGCGGCCAUGGGCUGGGCCUCUUGCCCUGGAUGUCGUUUGAGCCUAGUGGUCAAGGUUGGGGGUGGCAGCAGUGCCUAGGACUGUGCUGCGGAGAGCUAACAGGCUCCUCCCUGGGAUGAUCAGCCAGAACGGCCCACAGUGAGGGCCGGGGCCCAGCCUGGCUCAGACUGAAGAACUGGGGGACGCUGGGCCAAAUCUGCCUCCGAGCCAGCUUCCUCUUGUCCCAGGGAUGGUUCCACCCCGCCUACCUUCCUACCUACCUCUCACAGGGUUGUUGUGAGGAACAUGGUUUGUGACCCCUAAAAAGCGAUGGAAA